GUUGUUUCACGGAAAUAUAAAGUUGUUGGUGUUGAGGCAUGAUGUCGUGAACUGUGGAACUAUAAAGUGGAUAAAGUGGAAACUUUGAUAGUAGAUAUCAUGUGGACAGGGAUUGGUCUAGCCAUAUUGGCAGUGACCAUAUGUUUUUCAGGGAGCUUUUCUCAGGAUAUUGAUGACAUCAUCCAGUUUGAUGACGAUGAAGAUAGGGAUACUCAGAACCCUUUAGAUGAGCAAGAUGAUAAUGUUAUUCACCUUGGAGAACUCCAAAAAGUGAAAUGGAAAGAGUCACUAAGGAAGUAUGAUCAAAACAAAGAUGGUAAACUGUCUGGAGAUGAACUCCUGGUGGCCUAUCCUGAGAUACAGUCUCUAAUGGAAAGCGAUGACAACGAUCCGUUGUGGUGGUUUACCCCAAAUACCGGCAUGGUGGUUGCCGUGGUGAUCGGUAUUGUCACUCUUGGCUGUGCUCUCUUCAAAAUGAGACACUGGAUGUCUUCACAAGAUGAGGAAAGAUCUACGCAGCACGAGAUGAACAGGCAAGAGUGGUUAAACAGGCUUGAAGGUAACCGAAGAAAUCCUCAGCGAAGAAGUGAUGGGGGAGACGGAAGCGGGGACCAAGACUUAGGUGAAAGUAGUGACGAAAACGAAAGGCAGCAUCGUAUGGAAAUGUCAUGUUCAAGCUCUCCUAAAGAUUCCUCAUUGACAGAGGAGUUCUCUGAUUCGGCCACGGGAAUGCCGGAGGACGAAAACUCCAGCAAACUCCAGAAGCGGAAACCGGAAGUGACGCGCGAUAUUGUCACUUCCAAAAUGGCGCGUUAUCAGCAGUUGUCGGCCGUGCGGCGUCACCCAGGUAACCAGUCCCCGAAAGCUGAGACUCGCGUUUUUCAGCAGCUUUUACCAGAUGAGGACGACGUCGACGAAAUGUCAGGCGACGAAAUUGUGGGGAAAACUCGCAAACGACGCCAAAAAGACACCGGUUUGCCUGCAGAUUUGCAAGAAAAGGUUGCUCGUGAUGGUGAUGAUGCUACGAGUGAAUGUGAACGUGGAAAUAAAUUUGAAGAGGAAGUUUCUACGGAUAAAAUAGACAAAAGUUCGACAGAAAAGAAUGACGAGAUUCCUGCGGGAAUGAAGGACAGAGUUUCCUUAGAGGUGAAGAAAACGGGGGAUUGUAAGGAUAUGAACGAAAGUAUUCGAACUGAGGAAAAAGAAGACAGCGACUUUGAAGAACUUUAUUUGGUUUCGUCACCGUUAAAGGAAAAAUCAGGCGGUGUUUCAACAGAGGUAUUGGACGAUUCUUCUGAACCAAAGACAGUUUCGUCUGAGUCCAGUGGCUUUUUGUCAGAGUCGAAGGAUUUUUCUGGGGACCAGGAUAAAAUGACUACUUCUGGGGCGGGAAUUAAGCCAUCUGUUGUCAUAGAAACGCUGUCUCAUAUAUUGGAAUGUUCUGUCAUAGUUUCAGAAGUGUCAAGGCCAACAUACACAUCUGUGAACAGAACAUUGAAAAUACCAGGCGAUACCCUUCCAGUCACCAAGGACGAUAUCGUUCACCGUGUUCCUGAGACCCUCAAGACCAUGGUAGUUCGCCAGCUUGACAAGGUCGCAUUUGCAACGGUAUGCUUUCAGCGAAGCGAAGAAAAAUGGCAUCAGCACAAGGAUGGUUUUUUGAGAGAAUUAUGUGCUUUCGCCUCAAGCUACUUUAUUGACCUCAUUGUAGUGGAGAUCGUUAAAGAAGAGGAUUCUGGGUUUGAUGAAGACCUUUGGAGUGGUUACUUUGGUGGGUCGUCAAACGAGACUGCCAAAGUGCUGUCAUGUAUUGCGGGGCGGGCAACAAACGGAGUCUUCAUCUCAGAGAAUUUGUUAACUCGUCUUUUGCAACACAACAACAACAACAAGUUGCUGAGAAGUCUUCUGCAAGCUGCGGGAAGACAACUGAAAGCUGUGUCACGAGUGGAUGAUGUCAUUGCGCAAGAAGGGGUUACUUUGCAAGCCUUGGAAAUUCUUGUGGAAAAUCCUGCGUGCGGUCAUGCUCUCAAAUCAGUUCUGGAAGAGGAAGUGAAGGAGGCUGCUGACACAUUGGGAAACUUCUUUGAGAACAAGUCAAUCUUUGGGUCGUUGUUAUCAAUAACGACUGCCGGAGCAAGCCUCCGAGACCCUAAUCUAAAGAACUCGCCGGCUGCUAUCCCGUUCCUACAGAUCCGAGGCUUCCCAAGGGUGACAGAAUCAGAUGUGAAGCAGUUAGAGUCUGUUAUCCAAGAGGCUUUUCACCGAUGCCAAAAUAUCAUCUUCAAAGCUGUCAAGAAAGUGCUGACUGCAAAAGUUUCUCGAGAAACUGGACUGUCCUGGUUAGCAGCUGUGAUCAUAUUUAAUGAUAUGCGAACCAGCUGGUCACCAGACCCCGAUGCUCAAAAUGGGAUUUGCUGCUCUGACGGUUAUAUGCUGAACUUCUGCUCAGUCUUGAUUGAGUUGUUCUUGCCGGCCAUAUACUCGAGUGAUCUCCUGGCGAAAGUUGAUAUGACCUACCCGGCCAGUGAAGCGUGUCGCCUGAAUUUGGACUUUGAAACAUGUCUGGCUGGAGGACAGAUUGUGCCACAAGGCUGCAUUGAAAAGGAGAUUGGGCUGUUACCCUUGACGCUUCAAGGUCGUUUCAACUUUCUAACAGAAUGUUACCAUUUGACACAGCGUGCUCUGAGCAUUGGAGUUAUCACCACUAUAUCACACUACAACAAACUACACAGACAGUUCAGUCAGUCUCUGGAGCAAGUUCAAGGAACACCUCAAGAAGAAAUCGUGAAGAAUGCUCGUGUUCUGCUGACCCUCAUGUGGGAUGCUAGUCUGAUGGACCCAGAACUGGUCAGGAAGGUGUCACAGUUUUACAUAUGUCAGUCAAAACUACUGCUCCAACUGAUUGACAACUCAGGAAAGGGAGUCAACACUCGGAGGAUCCAAAAGAAAAACCUGUCGAACAUUCCGGAGUUUUGUGUGAGGGACAUGGCCAUUUGGUUUCGAUUCGUUGCUCAGCAUGUGCUCUAUGUACAUAAAGACACAUUGAGUGGCAUUUCGCUGUCUCCGUUUGUGGAUUGUUGUGUCGCACUGUUGUCGGAGCCAGAACUGAUGCCUGGCCCCGUGUCUGCCAGCAAAGUCGUCUCUGCUCUGCUGGCGUUUGUCAACACAUCAAAAAGACAACAAAUGAGUCCGGGAGUGCUGGGGAGGCCCAUUCUGUCUGACCUUGCCCUUAUGGUCCACACCUGUCCGUCAGUCCAGGAGGAGCUAGGUCCCGCCCUUAUCCGAACAUAUGUCAGCGUCGAUGUCGUUGAGGGGCUGGAUGUUGAUCGAGAUGAAUUUGACAAAUAUUCUGCCAGGGCAGAAAUCAGCUAUCUGGUUAAAGAAUUAUGGGAAAGAAUAGACUCAAGAACAUCCAUUUUGAACCUGAGUGAUUCCAAACUUUUCCAGGAUUUCCUGGGGUCUAUACUGGACACACUGCUCUACAUGCUUCACGACAGCCUUGCCCGGGUGGCUAAUGUGAGGAAGCUGGAGGUCACCAGAGACAACGAGGAAGAGUGGAGCAGAUUAUCCUUUGUAGAGAGAGUGGAAAAGGAAAAAAUCCUGAAGGCCGAGGAAAUUGCAGCCAAGAACUUCAUGCUGAUGGCUAAUCAGACCUUGGAUUUUGUUGAUUUGCUGACAAAAGCGGAAAAAGUGUCUGCUUGUUUUACCAGAAUUCCUCUGGCCACCAGAUCAGCCAGCGCGAUUUCUGGAUUUCUGCAAUCUUUGUGUGGCACCAAGUCAAAGGAAUUCAAAGUGAAGGACAUGGCAAAGUACAACUUUGACCCUCAAUCGUUGCUCAUGAAAAUCGUAAAUGUGAUCUUACGCAUUGCGGAACAAGACUCAUCAACUAAAGAAGGAUUUGUGGUUGCCAUGGCAACAGAUGCGGAUUUCUCUCCUCCAGUCCUAGAGAAGACUUUGUCUGUGAUCGCAAGGAAGAAUUUAGUGGAAGAGGACUCCCUGAAUUCUUUCCAGAAACUGAUUGAAACUAUGAAUGCGCUGAAUCAAAAUUCAAGGGGAGAUAACUAUGGUGCAAGGGCAGAUAACUCUAGCACACAGUGGCAAGAUGUUGUGGACCAGUUGAAGAUUGACCAGUCAGUGUUAUGUGAGGAGUACAAAGCAGCUUUGUCCGAUCUCCGAUUUGAUACUGUGGAUCUCCAGGAAAGUCACUGUUUCAAUGGAAACACACAAGCUCUGGACCCAAGGUCUGCGAAAAUCAAAGCUUUGAUGAAGGAAAUGAAGCAGCUUCGUAACAGUUUACCUGUGCACCCAGAUGCGGCGAUAUUUGUUCGACAGGAUGAAGAGAGGAUUGACUUGAUGCGUGCCAUAAUAACAGGACCUGUGGACACACCCUACAGUUUGGGCUGUUUUACUUUCGACAUCUACUUCCCAAACAGCUAUCCCAACAUUCCUCCACUUGUCAAAAUAAUCACAACAGGCAAUGGAACAGUCAGGUUCAACCCCAAUCUUUACUCCGACGGGAAGGUUUGUCUAAGCUUACUGGGAACAUGGCAUGCCGGAGACGCCAGUGAGAAAUGGAGCGCCACAAAAUCAUCACUAUAUCAGGUGUUGGUUUCUAUCCAGUCACUAAUCCUAAUUCCUCACCCUAUGUUUAAUGAGCCUGGGUACGAAGGCCUAAAGGAGACCAAGGAAGGACAGUCUAGAAGCAAGACCUACAACAACAACAUUCGUCUGUGGACCGUACGCCAUGCUAUGCUGGGUCAGCUUCGUUCUCCACCGGCAGGUUUUGAAGACUUGAUUCGUAAGCACUUUACUAUUCAGAAGAAUGCCAUUCUCAAGCUGUGCUCCGAUUGGCUGAGAGAAUGUGACGAUGAAGAAGAGGAAAGACGUCUGCGCUCAGUCGUCAACAGUCUACGAGAAGAGUUGGAGAAACUCAGUGAUACUUAAGUGUCGAACUUAAAAAUGUCUAAAUUGUACAUUAAACUUUGGCAUGUAUAAUUCAGAGGACAUGGAGGCUAAUUUUAUGCUGUCUGUGUUCAAAAAGAAGUGUAAAAAUAGCUUAAAAGUGUAAAAAUGAGGCAGUCAAGCAAUUGAAAGACAUUUGAAAACUGUAUUUGAAAAUACUUUUAUUUGUUUUGCUACAUUUUUUCCCUGGAUUACAUGCAGUCAGUUGUCUUGGUUAUCUUAGACAUAUGUCAAAACUUUAAUCAUUAAAUUUGGUACUUUCCUUUAUGUUGUUUUAGCUGAAAUUUGUUGUACAAUAACUUACCCAGAAUUUCGUCAAGCAAUAUUUUGAUCUGGUUACAUAAGAAAUAACAAUUUUAAAGUAAUUUGAAAUUUUGAGUCUAAGCAAGACUAAGAUUGCUCCAUGAUCCUGGGGAGUGGUGAUUAAGUCCUGUAUUAUUCUGAUCUAACAUGACAAUACAUGAAUAUAUUUGAAGAAGGUUUAUUUGUGUACAAGAAGAAUGUGUGUGUAGUGUAAUAACUGGUUUAGAGUGAAUCCUGUGAUACAGUGUGUUAUCCUGAUAAAGAGAUGGUGUAAGACUGUCAUAGCCUGGUGUUGAACCCCUGACAUACAGUAUAGUAUGAAACCGACGAUAGAAAGAUGGUGUGAAACCCCUGACAGAGAUGGUGUAAAACUUGUAAUGUAAUGACUGAAAUGGCAUGAAAAAUUUUCCAUUGGUUGAGGAUGCUUUGGAGAUCUGAGGUUUUCAUAGGCAUUUAUGUAGAUUAUCUACAUGUACAUUUCAAUUUUUAAAAAAUUAAUUUGAGGUGAAUGGUGGUGAAUCCGGCCCGUUCUUACAACGGUGGAUAGAGAUGGAGGAAACUUUAGUGCCCAAAGUAAACGGCUGACUUCUGUGAGGUAACUGAUCAACUUUUAUACAUGAUGCACGUUUCUCCCCCUGCAAGUUGUGUUCGGAACAGUGGUGACUACAAGCUGUUUGCAAAACUGUUCAUCAAAAUGGCAGUGUGAGGGUUAAUGGUCAUACAAUCACAUUGGUCGAACAGUGCAGGCAUAGAAAUGGUGGAGAUUUUUUCUUCGAGACUUUCUUCGAGUAUUGUAUCAAUGCCAUGUGUCUCUGACAAAUUGAUUAAAUUUAUUGUAUUUUGGUGUUUUUAUUAUUACGCACUGAAGAACAUUUCACUUAUAUGGCGGUGGCCAUCAUGAUGGUGGGUGGAUACCAUGCAGAGCCCAUUGGAAAUGGCGGCCAUAUGUUAGAAAUUGAUUGAAAGACAAGCAUAUUCAACCACAUGGUUACUCAUGAAACUCAUCAAAGUCAGUCAAAUCAAAUCGUUAAAAAAUGAAGAGAUGCAAUUCAGGAGUCGUGUUUGGAAGACAUGCAACAUUAAGGUUGAGGAAGAGGGGAUAAUGGGGUAAGAUUUUAAAUAUAGUGUGCGUAUAAUCAUGAAAACUACCAUUAAUUUGUAUUCAGAUUAUUUGUUUCUUUCAUUUUACAGGUUUUAAAUUGUGAAAAUAGUUGUUUAAGUAUUUUCAUUGGAUGUUGGGUGGGGGUGGGGGUGGGGUGUUGGUAAGAUCCAAUCUUCCAGUUGUUUU